UCUUAACGAUGUUUAUGUGAUCACAUGCUGGUCGGCACGUUUCUCUUGGAAAGCAUAUAAUAUAUAAAGUAAACGGUACAUAAACCGAUUCGGUAUUUCAACACGUUGCGUACUAUGAGUCACAAUAUUAUUCGAAAAGUUCGUUCCAGGUUUCAUACGUAAAGCUCAACUCGAUGGCGUUGUACGUGUGACUCGAUUCCUGUUAAAUGUUUUGUGUAUUAAACAAUUCCUUUAAGUUUAAAUUUUAAUCAUUCGUGUAUUGGACAAAAACAUUUUUGAGUGAAAAUGGACGUGCCGGCUAAAGGAAAUGUUUUAGGACGUGUCCUACCAGCGCGGUACAUUCUAGCCAUCCUUGGAUCUAUAGGGAUGGCUAUUGUGUAUGGGCUUAAAGUAAAUUUGUCUGUCGCUAUGGUGGGCAUGUUAAACCACACCGCUAUCAAAUUGGCUGCCCCAGAGGAGACAGGUCAUCAGAAUGUCACAACGGAGUGCCAGCCCACGAGUAACUCUACUAGUGCACAGGACGCAGACGGUCCAUUUAUCUGGUCUUCAGCAGUGCAGGGCACCGUCCUCAGCUGCUAUUUUUGGGGAUAUUUCGUCUCUCAAAUCCCGGGUGGACGCAUAGCUGAAUUAUUCUCGGCCAAAUGGGUGAUGUUCUUCAGUGUUACCAUAAAUGUGGUAUGCACUAUCCUAACGCCGGUCAUGGCGGAAGCUCAUUAUGUAGCUGUGGUGUUGAUGAGAUUCGGCGAAGGUGUUGGCGGGGGUGUGACGUUCCCAGCCAUGCACGUGCUGUUGUCAAAAUGGGCUCCUCCAGCUGAGAGGAGUGUGAUGGCGGCUCUAGUUUACGCGGGAACUUCUUUGGGAACUGUCAUUUCGAUGCUUAUGGCGGGAGUUUUGACUGCUACGUUGGGAUGGGAGAGUGUGUUCUACGUGAUGGGAGGUUUGUCGGCCAUCUGGUGCUUUCUAUGGAUAAUAUUGGUCAAAGACUCUCCGGCAGAACAGCCGCUCAUCAGCCAGGAAGAGAGAGAUUUAAUUAUCACCUCGCUUGGAGGCAAGAGCGACGAUCAUGGUCAUAAGAACACGUCAGUCCCCUGGAAGCGGGUGGCCACGUCGGGCCCGUUCCUGGCGAUCGUGGUGGCGCACGCCUGCUCCAACUGGGGCUGGUACAUGUUACUCAUCGAGCUGCCCUUCUACAUGAAGCAGGUCCUCAAGUUCAACAUGACUGAGAACGCAGUAACAACAGCCCUGCCGUUCCUCUCCCUAUGGUUCUUCAGUAUGGCGCUCAGCAAGACGUUGGACUCGCUGCGGGAGAAGCAGUACAUCACCACCACUACCGCCAGGAAGAUCGGCACCUUGUUCGCGUCUGCAGUGCCAGCAGCGUGUCUACUCGGGCUGUGCUACAUCGGAUGCAACCGCAUAGGCGCUGUAGCUCUCACAGCUCUUGGCGUCACUUGCAUCGGCGGAAUGUUCUGCGGCUUUUUGUCUAACCAUAUCGACAUCGCACCUAAUUUUGCUGGUACAUUGGUAGCAAUAACGAACACUGUGGCCACCAUCCCCGGUAUCGUUGUGCCGCUAUUCGUUAGCGCCCUUACUCAUGGAAACCAAACAAUCUCAGCCUGGCGUAUCAUUUUCUAUGUCACUAUCGUUCUAUACAUUAUCGAGAUUAUCGUAUACACAAUAUUCGGUUCUGGAGAACAACAGCCCUGGAACAACUUGCCGGAAGAUAAAGACACCACUCACGAACAGAAACCGCUCAAGGAAUUUGAAAGGAACCACGAUGGAUCUGAGAAAACCCAUGUGUAAAAGCAAGUAAAAUUCAAUCGAUGUAGUUUAAAUAAUAAAUUUUUGUACUUAUAUGAAGAUUUUAAGAUUUUAUUAUAUUUUAAUUAAAUUUUAAAUUUCAAUGUCUAAAUAUUUAUUAAUAGCGGCAUUUUAAUUAGGUAUUUAUAUAUAAGAUUUAAUUUUUAUUUUAUAGUUUCAUUGACUCAGGUCUCAGGUGAAGAUACUUAAGUUCUGUGUACAUAAACCCUUGAAGUCAUGACGUUGUUAGUAAACCAAUUACCAUAUCUUGCUUUCCGCUGUUUUAUUUGAAAGCUGGUGCCUUCCAAAUGGUUUCAUUUUUAAUUUGAUUUGACAAUUCGAAAGCGCCAAGCGGUUUAGUUUUUUUGGUUAAAAAUAAUUAUUAAAUUUAAUUUUAAAGAGAGUACAAUCAGUUAAAAGUAUGUAACACAAUGCAACGCAAUUGUUAAGGAAUAUGUGUUAUUUUAUACUAUAAAAUAUUGCAUGUAGGCUUUAGUUUCAUAAUGUAAGCCAAUUAUUUAUUCUAACCGAUUUAAAUUAAAUUAGACAAUAAAUUUAUAUAUUAUCGUCCUCAGAUGUUCCUUGAUAUCUGAUCCUCAUAAAAUUUGCAGUAAUAUAUUUUUAUUUUAUAUUAAAAAAUAUACAUAUUCAUAGAUUAAAUGAAAAAAAAAAUUCAAAAGACAUGUGAAGAAAAACAUUUCCUUUGAUUUCUGCGCUUCAAAGUCACUUAAAAAGACAUUAAUAGUUUUCUAUUUUUAUAAUCAGUG